AUGACUAAACAGAAGGACAGUAAUAAUGUUGAUGUCUUGACUCCACGAAAGAAUCGCUCUCGCAGCUCAAGUCCCGCAAUCGCUAGGACCUUCGAAAUUCAAGAGGAUGAUGCGCCAAAUGGCAAGCUAGAAGCUCGAUGUGAUUUUGAUUCUGCUGAACGCGAAGAAACUUCAUUAACUUCCAGCGAUGAUGAGAGUGAAAAUUGGUAUCGUGGUGAACGAACGCCAGUAAGCGACGAAACGGAUAGCUUUACCGGAAGUGAUUGCGGCAUUGAUGACUUUGACAUCUAUGCUCGUAUCGAUAUUUUGGAAUAUCAGGGAAUGCUCGUGAAAGAUGAUAAUCUUGUCAUACCUGAGAGACCCGUAAUUAAAUCAAAAUAUGGGCCAUGUCCGAUGUGCACUGUAGUGUCCCGUGAACCGGUGGGAUGCCCAAAGUGUCGUAACUUCGUUGGUUGUCGUCGUUGCGUUAACCGUUGGAAACGAAUGGCGCGACUUCGCAAACAAGAGUAUCCUGGAUGCCCAUUAUGCCGCGAUGACUGGAUUGACGAUGGUCCAGUGCCGAUGAAAAAAAUUAAGCUUGAAUAUGAGGAGCAGGAUGAAACCGAAGGGGAAGACGAUGAAGAAAGUGAGGGUGAGUUUGAUCUUACUGACGAGGAUGAGGAAGAGGAGAUGGAGAUGGAGGAAGAUGAGACCCAAGAGGAGAGCGAUGAAGAGCCCAAUGAGGAUAUCAUCGAUGUCCUCGUUGCCGCAGCUUAA